CUCCACCCUUCGGCACACACACAUCCAAGUCACUCACAACAAGGCUCACCACACUCACACCACGCACCACCCACGAUGAGCUUCUUCUCGGCACCCUCAGCACCCGGCGUGACUGGCGCCAACUCGGUCCCCAAGCCAGAGUCUGAUGCGCAGCGCAACGCGGCCCCAGAAGACGAGCACAAGCGUGUCGUCGACUUUGUCAAGGAGAGCCCAGCCGCACGCUACACCUUUGACUCGCGUAACAACAAGAACGACGGCCGGCCGACGGCUGAGCUGUGCCGCUUGCGGCCGGACGGCGGUGUGAGCUGUAUCAAGCUCGCGGUCGAGUCGGCGGCGCUUUUUAGGAGCAUGCAGAGCCUUGGCUUCUUCUGCGCGCUCCCCGCCGAGCCGCACCGAACACACAUGGAAUGCAACGCCAUUGCCCGCGGCAUGUCGUUCACAAUCUACGUGACAAGUCUCACGUCCCAGCCCAAGGUGCGCAAGCACACCGAGCUGCUGCACCGGGCUCUGCGAGCGCUUGAGAUUCCGUACGAGGCCUUCGAUCUCGUGAUGGACGAGGAGGCCAAACGCCGCUGGCAGCGCUCCAAGCCGCCCGGCAUGGUCGUCGGCCUGCCGGGGUACCUCGUCGGUGGGGAGUGGGUCGGGACAAUGGACGACUUUGAAGAGGCCGUCGAGAUUGGCACCCUCGAGACAUUCCUCAAGCAGGACGUGGACCACGACGCGUCCCAGACCAUCGGGGAGGCCGAGCUCGACCGCCUGAUGCGCGAGAUGACGGACGCCGAUCUCGACAAGCUCGUCGGCGAUCUCGCCGUGGACGACAAGGCCAAGGAGCCCACCCCGCCGUUGUCGAAGGCAAAGGCAGACGCGCCGAAGGAGGCCAAGGACAGCAAGUCGUCGUUCGGCGUGCUGGGAGCCGAGGCCGCCGCGGUUGGCGCGACCGUCGCUGCUGCUGCCACGGCUACUGCGGUAGCCGUGCAGGACACUGCUGCAUCGGCUGUCGACGCCGUGUCGCCCGUCGCGGAGAAGGCCAAGGACGCGGUGAAGGAUGUUCCUCCCGUCAAGGACGUCGAGGUCGCCUCAGCGAAGGAGGCAGCUGCCGACGAGUCUCUGUUGUCCAAGGCUAAGGCUGCCGUUGAGCCCCUCGCGACGAAGACAGCCUCUGCGGCCGAGGUACCCGCCGACACAUCGCUGUUGGACAAGGCAAAGGCCGCCGUCGAGCCCCUCGCCGCGAAGGCCACGGCCGCAGCAUCCUCUACCGCCGCUGCCGUCGUGCCGGAGAGCAAGGAGACCCCCAAGUCGAAACCUGAGCCCGCCGCCGCCACCCCCGCGCCCCCCGAGAAGACGCUCGACGACGUCAUCGACGAGACCCUCGCCAAGGAGCGCGAGGAGGCCGAGGAAGAGGGCGAGGAGGUGUCGCCUGCCCCUGCUUCAGUGCUUGCUGCUGAGGCUAAGCUGGAGGCCAAGGAGGUCAAGGCUGAGGUCAAGCCUGAUACCAAGGCAGAGGCCAAGGCGGAAGUGAAGCCGGAAGCGAAGCCUGACGUCAAGAAGGAGGUGAAGGCGGAGGCACAGCCUGAGCCUGAGGCGGACGUGAAGGCGGAGCCAAGGCCCGAGGCGAAGGUGGACGUGAAGGCUGAGGUCAAGUCUGAGGUCAAGGCAGAGGCAAAGCCUGAGGCGAAGGCAGAGGUGAAGGCUGACGUCAAGUCCGACGUCAAGCCUGAGCCCAAGUCUGACGUCAAGUCUGAGCCCAAGUCUGAGCCCAAGUCUGAGCCCAAGCCUGAGCCCAAGCCUGAGGUGAAGUCUGAGCCCAAGUCUGAGUCCAAGACCGACGCGAAGCCUGAGUCAACACCAGAGGUUAAGCCCGUGCCCAAGGUGGAAGCCAAGGUUGCCGCCACACCUGAGGUCAAGCCUGAGACCAAGGCUAAAGUCAAGCCGGAGCCCAAGUCGGAGGUCAAGCCGGACGCCAAGCCAGCGGCGGCGGCUACCAUCAGCGAUAAGGAGGGCCCCGCCCCUGGAGAGAAGACACUGGACGACUUGAUCGACGACACGCUGGCGAAGGAGAGGGAGGAGGCCGAGGCAGAGGGAGAGGAGGUGUCUCCUGCUCCGGCCUCUGUCCUGGCUGCUGAGGCCAAGCUCGAGGCGAAGGAAGCCAAGCCUGUGGUCACCGAGCCUGUCACCAAGACCUCGGCACCGCCAGCUUCCUUGACCAAGCCUCUCGAGGUGAAGCCUGCCGCUUCGCCAUCCAAGGUCUCCGACACGAAGCCAGCCGUUACAAAGCCAGCCGACGCGAAGCCAGCCGACACAAAGCCAGCCGACACUAAGCUAGCCGACACAUUGUCCGCCACUUCCCUCGUCGCUGCCGACCCAGAACUAACAGGCCCCACCAAGCCCCUCUUUACGAAGACCAAGUCGGCGUCGGCAGCAUCGUCCACUUCUGCAUCACCGACAAAGCGCACUGGAGCCUCCUCGCCUACCAAGAAGGCGCCGGCGGCCGAGAAGCCCAAGGUCCCCUUCCCCACCAGCACCACGAUGUCGUCCAGCUUGGCGGCGGCGCUUGCUGCAGCCGACGCUGCGUUGGCAGAGGCAGAGGACGAAUAAGCGGAGAGAGAUAAGCUAUCAGAAAGGUGCCUGAACGGUGGGG